GCAAGUAAAAUUUCCCAUAGACCACUUGACCAAUAUUGCUAACAAACAGUGCCAGUGAGAUCCAUCGAUCCAUCCAUCGAUCGAUCGUAAAGAAAGCCAACCUCGAACUAGCCCAUAACCAGAAACUCAUCUCUGUUCAAGCAUCGAUCGAUGUCCCUCUUAAACCAACUCUUCAACAGAGGCGUUUUUGGUUCUAAAUGCAAAACAUGCUUGAACUUGGCAAUCUCGCGCAUUAAAUUGCUGCAAAACAAGAGAGAUUUGCAGCUUAAACAUAUGCGCAAGGAGAUUGCGCAAUUUCUUCAGGCUGGCCAAGAAGCAAUUGCUCGAAUUCGGGUGGAGCAUGUAAUACGGGAACAAAAUAUACGGGCUGCUUAUGAGAUACUGGAGCUGUUCUGUGAGUUUGUUCUUGUGCGUGUUCCGAUUCUUGAAAGUCAAAAGGAAUGUCCAACUGAAUUGCGAGAGGCUAUUGCAAGCAUAAUUUUUGCUGCUCCAAGAUGUUCAGAAGUGCCAGAUUUGCUGCAGAUCAAGAAUUUGUUUGCUGCAAAAUAUGGAAAGGAAUUCAACAUGGCUGCAUCUGAGCUCCGUCCUGAUUCUGGUGUCAACCGUGCAAUUAUUGAAAGGCUUUCAGUUAGAGCUCCACCAGCAGAGGCAAGGCUCAAGGUUUUGAAGGAAAUCGCUCAAGAAUUUAGUCUUGAGUGGGACUCUUCCAACACAGAGGCUGAACUCGGGAAAAAGCAUGAAGAUUUGCUGGGUGGAUCGAAGCAAAUUAUGGCUGAUGCAAUACUUCCUCAAGCACCCACCAAGCAGAGCUCUCCUCUACCCCCACCUUCCAACGGGGCCCAUUCUACCUUAAAUACGGAUAAUAAGCAAGGAUCUCAUCGUCUUGAAGCUCCUGCGCUUGUGAGCAAUAUGCCCCAGGUCAAUGCUAACGAAAUUGAACCAUCAAUCAGGAAUUACAUGGCUGAUGUUCAAAGGGAGACAACAUCACACUCAUCUGAUGUCUUGGAGAGAGCUCGAGUCGCCAUUGCAUCAGCAGAGCGUGCAACUAUUGCUGCCCGUGCAGCUGCUGAACUUGUAAAUGUUCAAUUUGGUUAAUUUAAGCUAGGCGAAGGUAAGUUUCUUCAAUAAUCGACCCUCGAUUAUGGGAUAUUUCUCAAUGUCACAGAAUCAAGCAUGCCAAAAGAGAAACCAAAAGAAAAUGUAUAUUGGUUCGUAUAAAAGCACAAUCUUGCAAAAACUGGAAGCUACCGACUACCAAGUUCAUCGUAUCGGUGAUGUUCUUAUACCUUCAUUCUCUCUUCUUGCUGAAAUACUAACAAAGCCCACGAUUGUAUCAAUUCAAUAAAAUCCUGUCGCAUCUGUUUUCUGCACAUAA